AUGUCUCAGAUGCUAGUCAACAAACAUACAGACCAAAACACUACUCCUAAAGUUGCUGAAAAAUCUUCGACAGCCCACGAUCAGUUUCGCCCUUCUCGGGGCUCAUCAGGUAAGCGCAGUCUCCGAGUUUCCGUCAACCUCAUGCUCUACUUGAACUCAAACUGGAAUUCGACAAAUACUUUCAUUUUCACAGGAAUUAGGCUAGGACAGGAGAGUGGAACUAAAUGGUCAACCACCCCGUUUGGUUUCAAUGUGCUGGUUACUUUCGACAAUGUACACUACGAAUCAUCUGGCGCCUCCGCACCACUUCCAACCAGUACACAGGAGAGACUCGUUGGGUUCACGUGGAUGGCAAGAUGGUUCAAGUGGUCAGAGCGUAGAUUUACUGACCGGAAAGUCUGUGGUUCGAACCCGACCUCUGCCUGGCUUGGGCAACCUGGCAGUAUCCUCGUGCCCUCGUGCAACCUUCAGGUGGCAUGGCAUCUAGGCACGGAAAGUGUGCUACAGCUGAACGACCAUAAAGUACACACAUGA